AUGACAGAAUCCGCAGCAAAGAGAAUCAAGACGUCGGGCGCGCCCCUCAUCGGCACCCACAGCGGCCACUUCCACGCCGAUGAGGCCCUCGCCGUCCACAUGCUGCGCAUGCUCCCAACCUACAAGGACGCCUCUCUGGUCCGCACCCGCGACCCCAAGAUCCUCGAGACCUGCCACACCGUCGUCGACGUAGGCGGCGAGUACGACGCUGCCCGCAACCGCUUCGAUCACCACCAGCGCGGCUUCACCACCACCUUCCCCGGCAAGGCCACCAAGCUCUCCAGCGCCGGCCUCGUCUUCCUGCACUUUGGCCGCUCCAUCAUCGCCCAGAAGCUCGGCGUCCCCGCCCACCAGGAAGCCUCCCACGCCGAGGUCGGCCUCCUCCACAACAAGCUCUACGAUAGCUUCGUCGAGGCCCUCGACGCCCACGACAACGGCAUCUCCGUCUACGACCCGGCCGCCAUCUCCGCCGCGGGCAUCGACAAGCGCUACUCCGAGGGGGGGUUCACCCUCGGCGCCAUGGUCGGCCGCUUCAACCCCAACUGGAACGACCCUGCCCCCUCGGACCCCGCCGAGGCCCAGGCCGCCGAGGACGAGCGCUUCCUCGCCGCCAGCGCCCGCAUCGGCGAGGAGUUUGAGCGCGACCUCGACUACUACUCCCGCGCCUGGCUGCCCGCCCGCGCCGUCGUCCAGAAGGCCUUUGACUCGCGUACCGAGCACGACCCGGAGGGCCGCAUCCUCGUCUUCCAGGGCACGUCGUGCCCCUGGAAGGACCACCUGUACACCCUCGAGGGGGGGAAGCCCUCGGUGCUCUACGUUCUGUACCCGGAGGGCGCGGCCGCGGACUCCAAGUGGAGGAUCCAGUGCGUGCCCGAGAGCAAGGACUCGUUCGUCAGCCGCAAGCCCCUGCCCGAGGCGUGGCGCGGGUUCCGCGACCAGGACCUCGACGGGAUCACGUCCGUCCCCGGCGGUGUGUUCGUCCACGCUGCCGGCUUCAUUGGCGGGAACAAGACGUUUGAGGGUGCCAAGGCCAUGGCUGAGAAGGCGCUGCUGGCAUAA